GAUCUAUUUUUAUUGCAUUGUUUACUCCAUGAAAUGCAGUGCUUGCGGUAAUUGUUUUUUGUCACACGGCUCUUUUGCAUAGAUUGCCUGUCUUCGUGAUGAUUCGGCUAGUGCUUCUCCUGGCAUCGCUAGUCACCCUUGUCUACACCUCAACUAUAAGGGAUUCCAACAGAUUUCUCGACAUCAUUCUCGAAGACAAGGUCCCGCCACAGAUCAGGGGACUCAAGCAUGUUUACCCGUUCGUAAAAGUCCCCGAGUUCAAAUUCAAGAUAAAGAGCACCGGUAUCACGAACAGAGAACUCAAGGUGAAGGUGAAGAACGGAGCGCUGCGCGGAUUGGACACCGGUGUUCGUCGAGUUGGAGAAUGUCAACCACCCGUUCUCAUCAGCGGCAAUGUCACCAUUUCCUGCAUACUUGAAUUAAAGGGAAUCAACGCCUCGUUCAUGGUUGAGGUGAAGGGCGACACCCUUGUGCGAAAGGAGAAAACCGUGCCUGUCAACGUCACCAUUGUGGACACCGUGGGGCACUUUGAAGCUACAGCCUAUCCAGGCCGUCCGGGCGCACUGCGUACUUUUCACAUCGAACAAGUGCGCUUUCACACAGUUUUCGACCGGCGCCUCCGUCUGAACUCCGAGCGGCAGCGCAGCUUCAACAGCGAGAUGGAACGAAGCCUGCACUCCAUCAUAUACGACCUCUUCUAUACCGACUACAAGCGUGCCCUGGAGAAAGCUAUCGAGUCCAUGCCUUUUCCCAGCGCCUGAUCAGAGAUUAUCAGUUGUUUGAUAUGCCGAAGCUGGCACUACUUACUUGUGAGUCAGUUGUUGUGGCCUCGAAACCUGGCUCACAGUGUUGGAGACGUGUGUAUGGUCUCCCUCCGGAGCAUUCUUCUCUUUUCAGUUAUCAAUACCCAAUGGUGCUAUAAGAACAUUCCUGUUUUUUUCCAGUUGGUCGUUUUGUGAACAAGAUUUAUGACACAAGGAAUAUCCCGAUAGUGACAUCGGCGCUCAACGUCUCAGCAGAACUUUCUGCGACCCUCUUCCCAUGAACUGCGUCAAACCUGCAUUAGAGAAUGGUAGUUAUCAUACUCGACACCACAAAAAAAAAAAAAAAAACUGCUUGCUUCUUUCUCUUUCUCCUACACUAUACAAUAUACAGAAGUAAUUAAGCUAAAAAUGUACAGGAAACAACAUUAUUAUAAACUAAACAAAAUUAUUGCAAACAUGUCUUCUGUUUUCGUUAGAAAUUGUGCUGAGUGACAUAUUUGAAUAAGUAGGUCCGCAGCAACGUUUAAGGUGACAUUGUUGGGAAUCACCAUGGCAAUAUCGUAUGAUGUCUUGAUCAGCCGGUGCAGCCGGCGGUGCAAUCGGUGCAACAGGCGCCUACGGUAAUGGGAUCGACUCUCGGGAUUACAACUCGCCGGAAGGAGGCGGUGUUGUCGAGCAUUAAAGGUUGUGGCCCGCAGUAGCUCUGGAGGGCUCUAUAUGGCCAGGGGGAGUGCAGGUCGCAAACAAGGUGAAGAUUGAUUCUGAGUAUUUUAUGCAGGUGCAUUAAAGCGAUGUUUGCUUAUCUGCUGCUUACCAUACAAGCAUUGCCCUGCGGUUCAUGGCACGACUCCAUGAGCUUUUGAACAUUUUGUAUUCUGUUUCGAAGCGAAAGCGUCAAAUGGCUUAUUGAGCGAAAAAGCCGGUGUCCCGCGUCUGUAGCGGCCCCUAAAUUCCCGCUGGCUGCGCCGACAUAUCACGAGUGCACCUCGACGGAGUUCCCAUUGGCUGCGACGCAACGGCACGAGCGCGCAUCGGCGGAGGAGAGCGGGCGAAAGGGAACACCUGUUGCCGCACUAGCGCGCCAGGUGUUGCGGGAGGGGAGAGGGCAUCGCCGGGACGCCAAAGCGCCAAAUCAAGCUCGCUCUCGCUCUUAGAAGCCUUCGUUAUCCGCGCGUUCCUUGGCUGCGCAAGCUUUCGCCUGCGCUCUAACUGCUCCUCGAUAAGGCCAAAUCCAAACGCGCCAAGCAUUUCAACGCGCUCGCUUGCCUGCGAGGAGCUCAUACCUCGAAGGACCGCUCAGCGGCGUUCAAUUGGACAUAAAUGCUUUCAUAUUCAGAACCCAUAAGAAGGGCUUAGGUGUCCUCGGAUUUUUUUCUCUCGCGCAGAUAUGACUGCUACCCGUGUACCGUGAUGUUAGUAUUGUGGUGUGUACGUGCCCUCUCUCGCCAAAGAUAAUUCCAUUCUUCAUCAUGUCGUUCUCGCCUCAGCAACGCACGCGAGGAAAUAGUUCGAAAUUGGCUUAAUAAUUAGGAAGCCAGAUAGAUAGUGAGAGGCAGAGAGGCAUAUGAACUUGAUCAACAUGACAACAAACAAUGAAUGGAGUCCCGUGUGGUCGUUUGCCAUCGUAUGCUCUCGUCCCUUACAUGCUUAUCAGAAACAGCUGUGUUCUGAAUGGUCCUUCGCACACGUAUGUCCAGCAGGCAAAUGGUGGUGUUUUAUUUUCGUAAUGCUGAGCCGGCUGUGACUGUAACGCCUGACUGAAGGUGAGACUGAAACGCCUUGAUACAUUGAGGGGUAGGUGAAACCAGACGAUAAGGCGCACCACAGAUGUGGGGUAAUAAUAUCUUCGUUAAUUGCGUUAAAAUUGCCGAGAAAAUAAGAUUAUGAUUUCUAGCUCAAUAUACAAUCGCGCUGUUUUAAUCAGAUCGCACACACUUUCCUUUAGAAUAUUUGGGUACCUGCAUAAAUUUAAGCACCUUCACACCUACCAUACGUUAACAUCAGCUAACAGUUGACAGGACCACGCAACUUAUAUUGGGCUUGUUGAUGCAAAACCAUGCACCGCAUCGCCACGCCAUGGUGGACGAUUUGCCUUAUACAGUAGCGGGUGAGGAGCCAGGGCUGUACAACCAUUCUUCAUUACCUUAAAUAAAGAAGGCAAGGCGCAUUCGUUGAA